AUGAAGUUCACCGCCGUUGCCUUUGCCGCUCUCGCUACUCUGGCUACUGCCAGCCCUCACCCUCCUCCUUCUCACGGCUGCAAGCCCGCUACCUACUCUUGCCUUCCCCAUGCCGACGGCUGGCAAGUGUGCAACACUGGCGGCCAGUGGGUGUUUGCCGGCACCUGCCCUCCCAAGACUGUCUGCAAGUUUGAUCAGCAGAAUGGCAGCCCCUACUGUGUCCCCCCCAACUUCACCAUCCCAUAA